GAAAGUUUACGGUACCUGUAGUACACAGACACACACCGUCACACACACACACACACAGGUUGUUGGGUAGAAUCUAGAGACCUUCAGGAAACCAACCAGAAUCUAGAGAGACCUCAGUUCAUCAUAAACAUUCAACAAGAGCAGACGUGUGUUUGUAAACAGUGCUUCACAGCUCACAGUGUAUUCAGCUGUCAAGAACAGUGGAAUUUUUAAGAAAAAGUUUAUUUAAAAAUUUUUGUCUCUUCAGUCUUUGGUCUUCCUCAGUUUAACUCUAAAGUGUCCAGAGAAUUGAAGAUGCCCGACCCUGUUAGGGUCCCUGACCCCCAUCCUAAAAGAAAACCCAGUGCAUCAACUGCCCCCUACAAGGUACCCUGUGAACAGUACAUGUUUGAUUACAACCGAUCCAAUGGAAUCCCCAUCUCUCCGGCAUACCUGGAUCAUCUUAAGGAUUGGAAAAUCCGCGAACCUUCGAUGAGAAAUUCUCCCAGCCAUAGCUCCGGCUUCUCAGAUGGAAGUUGUGGCAGUUCACCCUCUCGUAGUCCUAAUCUCGGCUUUAAGCAUCCAGUUGACGACGGUAGUGAUAAACCGUUAAGUCUAGUGAUCAGAAAAAAUUUAACAAAUUUUGAAGAUAUCAACGCCAAUGUUCCUGAGUACACUGUACACAGAACUAAUGACUAUAGAUAUCCAUUUGCUCCUUCUGGGCCACAUGAAGAUAAAAAGGUGCUCAUACCCCAUGAUCAUGAUGAAGCUGAAAAUGAUAGCGGAAAUGAGGACAUAGACCGUCCACUAGUUAUCUCAGAAGAGGAUCCUGAACCUGCCUGUGCCGAGGACCAAGACAUACCAGAGGACUUCAGCCUUAAGCUAAGACAUGACGAUGAGAUUGGAAAGGCUACUGCUGGACUAAAAAUUAAAGAUUUUGCAAAGUUCUCAUCACAAGAUUCCCCUGCAACAAUUCGAACAAAAUCAUCUGAUGAACCUCUGCCACGCCUGGAAACAGAGGAUGAUGUGUCCUCUGACUGCCUCAGUCUGUCCUCCGGGGACACAUGGAGCACCUCUAUGGUGGAGGGUAGACCCUACUCUGGUAGCGGGGUUGUGGUUCGUCGUAUAUCAAGAUCCUCUACCGGGGAGACAGUUUAUCAAUGUGACUUUUGUGAGAAAGUUUUCUCCAACAAGUCUCACUUCCAAUCCCAUCUGGUAACCCAUACUGGAGAGCGUGCUUUCACCUGCAAGACCUGUGAGAAGACCUUUGGCAGGAAGUCUACUCUUCGGGCACAUAUGACAACCCAUACCAAGGUGUCAAACUUUAUGUGUACCAUGUGUGAGAAAGCUUGCAAUGACAACAACUCUUUGGAGGAGCAUAUGCGAAUGCAUACAGGCGAGAAACCGUUUGUCUGUUCGAUAUGUCAGAAAGCUUAUGCACGCAAAUCCCAUUUGAAUGUGCACUACAGAGUGCACACAGGAGAACGACCAUUUGUCUGUCAGCAUUGUGAUAAAGAUUUUACCGAGAAGAGGUUCCUAAACGAUCAUCUCCAAACUGCACACAAUGGGGCUGAUGGUCCACUCAAGUGUCCAAACUGUUCUCGGGAGUUUGCAUACAAGACCAGCCUUAAGCAACACUUGAAGAAGCAGAUGUGCGAGAGAAAUAUUAACCGUGGUGGGGGAACCUCAGUUGCUGGGAAUGUUGCUAAACAGUUUCAGUGCCCUUUUUGUGAGAAAUCCUACAGCUGGAAACAAACUUUAAAGCAGCAUGUUUCCAUGUAUCACAGAAACAAAGUCCACACUGAUGAAUUCUGGAGAUACGAAUUAACAAAAAACCGGCGAACCAUCUUAGAUGAUAAGGUGAAUGAAGACUUGUGGAAGCAGCAACUAGGAAAGCAUGCUGAGGAGGCAGCAAAGAUAAAGCUAGAAAACAACAAUGCCAUGGCUCAAGAUGAUCAGGUCCAAUGGUUAGAACAGGUCAACCGGCCAAGCUCUGACAUGACCCCUGAAAUGAAGCUCAUUGCUCUCCAGUCUCUUCAGAAAAGUCUGCAAUACAUGUCUGUGGCUGGCAACAAGAUUUCUGCAGAAAACAGGUUAUCAGCAGAACAGCCAGCACCAGAAAACAUUCAAUUACUUCAAAAUUGCGAUGCUAUUUCUCAAAAUGGUGGACCUUUUCCCCAACCAAUAAAGCAGGAAGUUGAUGUUGGACAAGAAAGCUAUCUAUCCUUACUGGCAAGAAUUUCCCGACGGGAAUCUAGUGAACCAAACAACAACACUGAUCAAGAUAAACCCCCUGUAUUGCCAACCAAUGAAGAAUCUGCUGCUAACCGAACCCAGCUCUGGCUCCAGCAGGUUACCAAGUAUCGGAGCAAGGUGUGUAAGGAGGAGCAGGAGUUGAACCAUGAUCAGCUCUGGGAACAACAAAUUGCAAGGAUAAAAACUAAUCCUGUCAAGUCUCCCCUCGAAACAGAAGAAAUUACCUUGGAUGACGAACAUGACAUACAGAACAGUUCUCAAGUCAUCUUGCAAGUUCCUAAACAGAUAGGAAUCAUUGGUCAGGCUUGCAAUAUACUUAACAACAACAACAAUGAAACCCUUACAGUGUACAGGGCGCAGUACAUACCAGAGCAUAUACAGCAACCGUCUGAUGUACAUGUACAACAGCAAACCAAUGUACAUAUCCAGAAACAUUCUGUACACCAGGAUUCAAAUCCGGAUAAAGUAUUUGAGCAGCCUGCUCCUAUAUCCUUAGUAACCAGAGAGCAAAGGUUGAGCCAGCCUAAACCUAAACCUGAAUCUCCUAUAUAUGAAGAUCAAUCCAUGCUCAAGUCCCUGCUUCUUGACAGAUUCAAAAGAAAACGAAGUUCUUCCAUUGACAUUGAGGAACCUGGAAAGAAGGCUCCAACACCACCAUCCCACCUGUUGGUACCCUCCCAACCUGCUUCACCCACCAAUCCCGCUUCCCCCUAUCAUUCGUCCCCGCCCUCCCAUCCAGCUCCACCCAUAAACCCUGAACUCCAAGGACCUAAGGAGAUCCUAAGAAAACGUCUUCUUGGCUGGGUGGAUCCGCCCCAAUCUCCUUCUUCCAUUAGAUCUCGUGAUUCCUCCGCCUCGCUCAGCGGAUCUUCCGCCCCAACAGCACAGGGUGAAUCUGACCCAUCUGCUGGUGUCCAGGGGCCUUCCGCCACAAUACAAAGCUCUUUCACCUCUAGACCAAAUGAAAGCCUUUCUCCGUCAGUCGAUCUCAAUACCUCCACAAUUGCAGUGGAGGGCGGACACAGCCAGGUUUCUUACACCCAUACGUCCGUUCUUAAGCAUUUACUUCACAGAUAUACGGCGGAUUCUAAAUAAUUGUAAAUAUUAAUCAUAAUCUUAUAGACAAAUUUUACAAUAUACAUAUAUAUAUAUAUAUAU